UCGUUUUAGUAUUUUUUAUAAAUAUUUUCUCAUACAAUGGCUACAGAUUUAAGUGCUAGUUUCAACGAACAAUAUAUCAACAUAAACACUAAACUAAAAAAGAGGUUCAUGAGGAAGCCGAAUAUAUCUGAAGCAACUAACGAGUUCAUAGCUCUCGCGAUACAGUGCGAGAAUUCUGAACAACCUGCAUUCGCGGGGCAGACGUAUAUAGGAGCUGCCAAAUGCGAAGCUUCAGCCGGAAACUUUCUGGGUGAGGCUGAGCAGUAUAUUGCAGCUGCUAGGCAAUUUAUGAAAGCUGAAAAAAAGUUAGCUGCAUUAAAAUUUUAUAGCCCGGAUAGAGAAAACUUGGAGGCAGCGAUAGGUUGCUACAUGCAAGCAUUUAGUAAAUAUCCUGAGAAGUCUCCUAUCCGUGUAUCCAUAUUAUUAGAAUUGGCUAAAGAACUAGUAGAAUUGGAUCAAAAACUUGAAGCCUUAGCUUAUUAUGAGCAAGCUGUGGAUAUAAUUGAAGAUAGUACUAUGAAACUGAUGUUAAUGAAGAACUUGGUUAACUUACUCAUUGAAUGUGGCAAAUAUGAUAUAGCUUUGGAGACAGCUAACAAAAUUUGUGAUUCCAAUUUCCAUAUACCUGAAGGUGUACUGACCGAAAUACAAGUAAGCAGAGUCCUAUUGGUCCUUCUUGUUAAACCAGAUGAGGAUUCAAAAUCAGAAUCUCUGAAACAGUUGUUAGAUCAUUUGCUACAUGAUGAAGAUACUGAAGCAAUUCCAUUCAACAUAGAUUUGCGAUUAAAACUUCAAUCAAUAAUUAUCUCAAGCAGCAGCAUGGAUCAACAAUCUCUCAUUAGCAUUGCGGCAGACACUAAACCAUUCCUUACUAUGCAACAAAGAAAUCUCCUGGAAACGCUGAUCGUUGAGAAAAAGAGUGAUUAAGAUAAUUCUAUUUUGAUUUAUUAUAGAUAUAUUUAUGGA